AUGCAAUCUGCUAAGGAAACAGCAGCCAAUGUUACAGCUUCAGCAAAGUCUGGCUUGGAAAAGACCAAAGCCACCGCGCAAGAAAAGGCUGGGAAGAUGACCACUCGUGACCCUGUGCAAAAGGAGAUAGCCACAGAGAAGAAAGAGGCCAAAAUCCAGGAAGCCGAGCGCCAGAAGCAUGAAAUGAGAGAGGCAGCUAAAGCAGGCAGAACAACCGGUCAUGGUUACACCGCUGGCGGCACCACCGGCCACUCAACUGGUAUCCACGACGCAACUGGGUACCCCACCACCGCCACCGACUAUACAGAUAUUGCUAGGACAGAUUACCCAUCUGGAACUACUACUCAGGGUGUGAUUGGGUCCCAAUACCCUCCUGGGACAAACACUGGAGGGGGUGGGAGGGUUGGAGUUCAAGACCCUAAUGCUCCCAGAGGUACCGGGGCUGGUUAUCAACAUCGGGAUACAGAUACCUAUUAG